AUGAAACUCGAGCAAUUUUUCUUGAGAACUGUCGCGUUGUACUUACAUACGAUCGAAGACCUCCUUAACUUUACUUUAAUGAAUAAACAUUCCCAACAAAUAUUAUGUACAAUGCAUAUUAACACAUACAGAACUACGCAAAACACCAACUUAAAUCAAAUCCUGAAGUUCUUUCCGCUCCUCGAAACAAUAUACAUCUCUUCCAUUGUAAACAACGUCGACAAAGAACUUAUUAAAAAGGUGACAUUCUUCGAAAUCAAUUAUAACAAUCAAAUGGACUUUGACUCGAUUCUUCAAGAUGAUGGUGCUCAACAAAAAGUUCGUAAAUUAACACUUCGCAAUUAUAACUCGAAAUUCCUCCCGUUCACAUCAUUAACACAAUUGAGAGAACUCACUAUAUAUGGUCUUGCAAGUUAUAUCGACGUCAUCAAUUUGUCGCGAUUGAUCUCAUCGCCAAGUCUUAAAAAAGUGAUCCUAUACGUCACACUAUAUGAAGCAAGUUCUAUCAUCAAAUCAUUCCCAUUCAAAGAACAUUACAACACCGAGUAUAGCAUUGUUAUGAAAAAUGUUACUCACCACGGAGAACCUCCAGAAUUUAAUACUUUUAAUCUCCAUCUUCCAAAUGUGACUUUUUACGUGUCGUUUCUCUCAAGUUUGGCAUUCGACAACAACAUCGACUUCUUGCCAUUACGCGACGGACUCUCCGCAUCAACUCACAUUGUGAUGAUGAAGGAUAUGAACGAUAAAGAAACACUCAUUGAUAAAAUGAUGGUAAAGUCCUUUGCUGAAGACCUUCAUCUCACCUACUUUUGGGGACAAACUAAAGAACCCCUCUACCAUCAAUCUACCAGUCAAACCUACCGCUUUGACUUUGGUUCUAUCAAUACCGUCAAACAAUUGUUAAUGACAGGAGUUAUCGGGUGUCAUGUUAUUGUUGCUGAUACCCCACAAAUGAUGUAUGACACGAGUUGGAUCGACAAGAGAUACUGCCAGAACACUCACAUCGAUGUACGUAAUAAUUAUAUAGAGAUGAAUAAAACAGUCGAUCCAAAAGACAAGCGGAAACAGAUACAACACAAGAUAAAGCAUCCAUUUAAUGAUUCAUUCAAUUCGUCCACACUCAAAUUAAAUCAUACAAUAUCCCAGAUUCCUUUCAAAAGAGGAGAAAUGCUUCAAGAGAGUGCAGUGUGA